AUGAAUGAGAGGUCUAGUACUAGCAUUCAAGAUGAAAAUAUCUAUGAGAAAUUGAAGGUGGCGGCUCAAGAUGGGAAUAUUGAAAGACUAUACGGGUUGAUUGCCGUAGAUCCAAACGUUCUAGGUCACUCUGAUAAAGUGCCAUUUUGUGAGACACCACUAAACAUUGCAAUUGAAGCAGGGCAAACUCAUUUUUCCAUGGAACUAAUGAUCCUGAAGCCAUCACUUUCUUCAAAGCUUAACGUGUCAGGUUUCAGCCAGAUGCAUUUAGCUCUGCAAAACAACUACAGCCGAAUGGUGAGAGGGUUUAUAGCAAUCAUCAACAGCUUAGUCAGAAUCAAGGGAAGAGGAAGGGUUACUCCUUUGCAUCACGUAGCUCGAAUAGGUGAUGCAGAGUUGUUGAGUGAGUUCUUGUUUUCUUGUCCUUCCAUAGAAGAUUUGACGAUUAAGUGUGAAACACCUGUGCACGUUGCCGUGGAGAACCACCAGUGGAUGACGUUUAAGGUUCUGUUGGGAUGGCUUAAGAGAGUGAUGAAGUUGCUGCACAAAACCGUUAAAGUAAACGCCAAGAACUUCUGUGGCAAAACCGCAAUGGACAUACUCCAAACUUACCAAUCUCCUUGUUACCCUGAAGCAAGAGACUUCUUCCAAACGCGAAAGAAAGACUAG